UUUAUACAUGGAUGCGUUAUCCAGUGUAAUAUACAAAUCAGUGAUUCAGAAGCUGCGAUUUGUCAAAAUGGCAAACUUUGAACAACGAUUCACAGAUUUCAACUCAGCUUUACAAAAUGAAUUUCAACGUAUAGAAUCUCAACGUCAAGAUCUGGAGUCUCGAGAAAAACGUUUGACAGACGAGAAAACCAAGAUGAUGCAAAUCGACAACAAAAGCGACGAUGUUAUUUCCUUGAAUAUCGGAGGCGAAUCAAUGACGUGUCUGAGAUCAACAUUGUGUCAAAUUGACGGUUCUCUACUUGCAUCAAUGUUCAGCGGCAGAUGGGAAGAUCGUUUGACCAAAGAUAAAGAUGGAAACGUAUUUUUGGAUUACGAUCCUGAAUGUUUCAAGUUUAUUUUAAAUUAUCUUCGUGCGAAGAAAAUGCAAUCACCUGAACGCCAAGCGAUAAUACCCAGUCCUCCUCAAGAGAAAAAUAAUGAUUACUGGAUCUUAAUUAAUUAUUUAGGAUUAGAAAACGAAUUUCUGAAACGAUCAGAAAGAAGGGCAUGCAAAAGAGAGUUGAAGAAAAAAAAAAGAUGAGAAUUGUUGGAACAAGAAGAAUAGUAGACGCAAAAGGCAGAACUUGCUCAGUACAUGCGUCAGAACGUUAUUUGAAGGGGGAGUUGUAAUAUUCAUAUGUUCAGUAACGCCCUACUGAGUUUUUUUUAAACCAUUUAAAUAUAUAAAGAAAUUGGUCGGACACAACUGAAUAUAUGAAUAAACACAACCAUCCAAUUACCGUUCUAGCACCGUCCCUAGACUUUCAAUUGUUUUCAGUCUUGUUUGUGCUUGGUAACAAAUAUUAGGAUAAAAAUUAAUGUUAUAUCUUUAAAUUCGAUUAAACAACAUUUGAUACAAUUUUCAUAUUAUUCAUACUCAUAAUAAAACUUUUGUGAUCAAUAUGAUAAA